AUGAAUAUCCGCGAUACAAUGAAAUUGCUGGACGGAAACGAUUUCCAUGAAGAUGUAUUAUGUGGUGAAGGAAUAAUUUCAUCUUUGCAAGAGUUGAAAUUGGAACGCAUCAUAUUAUGUGAAGAUAUACUAUCCAAGUUUAUUAGUAAGUGCCCUAAUAUUAGAGAAUUGAGUUUGGUGAAUUGUUGGGGGAUAAGCUUUAUCGUAUUAACUAAGUUGGAUCGUUUGAAGAAGUUGUAUGUGAACGUAGGUGAUUUUAAUUCUUUUACCAACAUACAAGUUAUUGUCCCGAGUUUACAAGUUUUCCAUUUCGUGUCACGGAGUUGUGAAAGUAAAAAUGUUGCUUUUAACAUGGAUAUUCAUGCUUGUAAAAUGUUACGGGAAUUUCACUUGGAUUGUUGGAAAUUUCCCCAUGGUCUUGAUCCUGAAAACUUUUGUUCAGAUUUUCCUCAUCUUGAAACUUUGUUACUUGGGCCUUGUCAGACAGAGAAGCCUAUCAGAAUUUUGAGUUCAUCGCUCAGAAAAUGGACCUUAUCCUUCCCACAGGUCUAUGAAUGUGAUAUGGUUUCGUCUCCUAAUUUAUCUUCUUUCCAAAUCCAAUAUAAGGGUACAACAUUUGAAAUAAUUUAA